UCACAGUGCCUGGGUCUGAAGCUCCUCCUCCUGGGGCAGCCACUAUCCUGGCCCUCACCGCUGCUUCCGCUGGGGCUUCCUCCAAGCCUUGCAUCUCUUAGUUCCUCAAAGCAGAGCCUGGAGAGACAUUUUCAGCUGGACAUGCUGCUGUUGCUGCUGCUACUCUGGGGGAUAAAGGGAGUGGAGGGUGGAGCCGUUGCCUUGAAGGGCUACACCCUGAAUGUGGAAAGGAAGGUGGUGGUACAGGAGGGCCUGUGUGUCCUUGUGCCCUGCAACUUCUCCUAUCCCAAGUUCUGGCAGACUGACUCAUCCCCAGUUUAUGGAUACUGGUUCCGGAAAAAAGCCAACACAGACAUUGAUGCCCCCGUGGCCACAAAUAACCCAAAAAGGCCAGCACAGGAAAGGACCCAGCAUCGAUUCUUCCUGCCUGGAGACCAGCAAAAGAACGACUGCUCCCUGAACAUCAGAGAGAUCAAAAAGAAGGAUGCAGGGACAUACUUCUUUCGCCUGGAGAGAGGAAAAACAAAGUAUAAUUAUCUUUGGAACAUGAUGACUCUGGAUGUGACAGCUCUCACUAACACCCUCCGUAUUCUCCCGGAGACACUUGAAGCUGGUCAUCCCAGCAACCUGACCUGCUCUGUGCCUUGGGACUGUGAGAAGAGGGCACCCCCUGUCUUCUCCUGGAAUGGUACCUCUGUGUCACCCUUGAGCACUAACACCACUGGUUCCUCAGUGCUAACAAUCAUCCCCCAGCCCCAGGACCAUGGCACCAACCUCACUUGUCAGGUGACCCUUCCUGGAACUGAUGUGACCACAAGAAUGACCAUUCGUCUCAACGUGUCAUAUGCUCCAAAGAAUCUGACUGUGACCGUCUAUCAAGGAGCUGACUCAGUAUCCACAAUCCUGAAGAACGGCUCAUCUCUUCAAAUCUCUGAGGGCCAGUCACUCCGUCUCAUCUGUAGCGCCGACAGCUAUCCCCCGGCAAACCUAAGCUGGUCCUGGGGUAACCUGACUCUGUGUCCACCAAAGUUGUCUAAACCCGGACUCCUGGAGCUGUUUCCAAUGCAUCUUAAGCACGAAGGAGUGUAUACCUGCCAAGCUCAGCACGCCCUAGGCUCCCAAUACAUUUCCCUGAACCUGUCUCCACAGAGAAGUGCAACUUUAUCUGAAAUGAUGAUGGGGACCCUUAUGGAUUCAGGUGUCACAGCCCUCCUUUUCCUGUCUUUCUGCAUCAUUCUCCUGGCAGUAAGAUCCUGCAGGAGGAAACCAGCCAGGACAGCUGUGGUAGCUCCGCAUCCAAAUGCCCUCAAGGUCUCAGUGUCUCAGAGUCCCCUGGUUGAAUCCCAUGCAGAUGACAGCUCUGAGCCCCUGCCUUCCACAGUUGAGGCAGCCCCCUCCUCCACAAAGGAAGAGAUACAUUAUGCCUCCCUCAGCUUUCAUGAAAUGAAGCCCAGGAACUCCUGGGGGCAGCAGGGCUCUACCACAGAGUACUCAGAGAUAAGGCUCCACAAAUGACCACAUGGCCAUGAACAUUGCCAGAAGGAGCAUGGCGGCCACAGGAGGCUGGCUCUGCAGAAGCAAAAGGGUCGCCUAGGUUGACAUGCGAUGUGUAGGACUUCAGGGCCGUUCUUUUCAUGACACAGGCGUUCUGCUACUGCCCACGCCCUUGUGCUACCCUGCCCACCCAAUUGCUAUUGUGCCCUGGAAAUCAUAAGCUUGACUUUUUUCUUUCUCUUCCUUUCCACCACCCUCUCUUGUUAUUUCAAGUCAGGGUUUCCUGGGUUGAACUUGCUCUGCAGACCAAGCUGCUCUUGAACUCACAGAGAUCCCCCUACCUCUUCUUUCCAAGUGCUGGGAUUAAAGAUGUGCACCAGCACCACCCAGCAUUUGACUUUGUAAUUGUAUGUGUGUGGAUGUUUGGCCUGCAUGCGCAUCCGUGCACCACAUGCAUGCCUCGUGCCUGCAGAGGCUGGGGGAGGUCAUCAGCUACUCUGGAAUUGGAGUUACAGAGGGUUGUGAGUGGCCACGUGGGUGCUAGGAACCGAACCCAGUCAUCUGCAAGAGUAUCCAGUGCUCUUAACCACUAAGCCAUCUCUCCGGUACUAAGAUUUUUUUUUUUUUUUUUUAGAUUUUACUUAAAAAUUGGCAUGUAUUGUUUACACAGUGAUGGUUUGCUGUGUUUUCUUUCAAGUGUAUCACCUAUUUUGGCCAUGCUCAUCCCCUUCUCCUGUAGUUGCCAGUCUCCUCUCUCUCUCCCCCCAAACAAUCCCUUUACUGUGUAACGUUGUAUGUAUCGGUUACCUUUCUUGGUUUUGUGGAUAGGACGCGGACAGAAACAUGAAGGAUGGAAAGGUUUAUUCUUGUUCAUGGUUUCAGUCCAUCAUGGUGAGGAAGGGAAUAUGGUGGUGCUCAAGGGGGCACAUGUAGUGGAGGCUCCACAUCGUGAUGGAUCAGGAAGCAGUGGGCUCAAGCCAGAACCAGAUGUAGAUAUCAUCUUCUAAGCACGCCCCAGACACGUACUUCUAUAAAUUGGGUCACAUGUCCGAAAGAUUCCACGGCUUUAGAAAAUACUGUGACCAGCUGAGUACCAAGUGUCCAAAUAUAUGGGCCUCUGUAGAAAAUAUACAUUUAAACCCAAACUAGAUGGAUGAUAGUUGGAUAGACAGACAGACAGGGAAAGGUUAGUAGAUAUUAUAGAUAGAUAAUAGAAAAUAGAGACAUAGAAAUGAGAUAGACAGACUUACAGUAUAGAUAAAAUAUACAAGGUAAGUGGUGGAUAUAAGACAGAUGGACAGAUAGAUGACAGAGAAAAGAUGAUAGGCAGACAACUUGUCAGAGACGCUGCUCCACUCUGCCUUGCUUUUUGGGAAGCAUGACUGAGCGCAGCUCAGAGAAAGGUGCAGACAGGGGCGCUGUGGAUGCUGGGGAGCUGCCAAAUGUGUCUUAACUUGGUUUCCUUUCCCUGGUUUUUAAAAACAGUGUAUGUACUUUGUGAGGGAAAAGUACCUUAGAACCAAAGCAAAAAGAAGAACGAAACAUAAAGAGGAAACACUGGUAAUAGUUAACAUUUUUUCAAUUUUUCACUUGCAUGUGAAAACUGGACUGAACCUGCAUUUGUGCUAUACAUAUCAUAUCUAUCACUGUUGACUAAUCUA